CAUGGCCGCCACUGUCCCAAACUUGUGCCUAAUUAUCAAACUACGUCUAUAAUUCAUAUCACAAGAGAAUAAAGCUGGUUUUUCGUUACCAUUCCUCCCACACUGACGCGACAUGUGACUAUAUUCACACUAUUCCUCGCUUGACCGCCGCGCGCGGCGGUUGUCAGUUGUUUCUUAUCAUGGUCAAUUUGAAGUCGAUAAUGUUGUCGACUUUUAUAUCAGUUUUUAUAAUUUUAACCAUUUUGGCGAGCAUCAGUGGAGAUUGGGUGUUUAAUAGUAUAUUAAAUCAUUCUGUUAAAUGUGACCACAACAAAACUCUAAACCGAGAUGUCUCCAGAGUUCAAAUAUACUUCUACGACUUCAAGAACAAUUACAACAACAGCUACCCCGUUGACACCGCCGCAGAGGAACUCACCAAAUCAUACAACCUAGAUGUGACUAGAAAACUAGUGUUCUUCGUCCCUGGCUUCAAGUCAAACAUUACCAGAAAAACGGAAGAACUCAUCAGACAAACCUUCAAGGAUGUACCAGAUACCUAUCUCAUCAUUAUAGAUCAUUCUCCGUACACUUCUUUAGUGAAUGGAAAGUCAGAUAGCUACAGCUAUGGCAGAGCAGUCUCUCAUGUAUACUACAUCGGGAAAGCACUAGGAAAAUUCCUAGCUGAUUUGAAAAGCAAAGGGUUUCCCGCUUCGAAAAUUCAUUGCGUCGGCCACAGUUUAGGAAGCCAAAUCUUGGGCAACGCUGGUUACGAAUUCAAUAUGUUGACUCAGGACAAAGUUUGGCGUAUUACUGGGAUAGAUCCCGCUGGUCCCUGUUUCUCAAACAGUUUUAUCGAAGAACAGAUCCGCUCAGGUCUCGCUGAAUACGUGGAGGUGUACCAUUGCAAUGCUGGUGGACUAGGGACAACUAGCGUCUUAGCUGAUGCGGAUUUUUUCCUUAACAAGGGGUACAAGCAGCCUGAUUGUACUGAAGGGCUUAUACCUGUGAAAGGGGACUCUGACCAGGCUAAAUGUAGUCACAAAGCGUGCGUCACGCUGUGGGCUAAGACGGUUCAUCACCCUGGAGCGUAUCUGGCGUGGGCGUGUGACUCAUACAAGUCGUUCUCGAAAGGCAAAUGUGCUGGAAACGAAGUUACUAUCGCUGGGUAUUCGAACCCUGGGAACGCUACUGGAGUGUUCUAUGCAUCUACGGAUGGAUAUGGGAUCUAAAAAACUAAUUUUGUGGCAAACCAAUGAGGAGGCACACUGACAUUUUAUCUCGCCAGGUGGCGCCUGUGCAAGUGUCUAGGCAUGUCACUGUCAUUCAUAUGUGAGAGAGAAAAAAACAUAUCAUCUUCUCGCUCUCACGUAUGGACUAAUAGGUGGCGCCAUCUGUAACCUUUGAAUGUGCCUCCUCAUUGGCGCGGAAAGGGCAUAAGGAUGUUUUGCGUAGGUUGGAUCUCUAGACAAUGAGCUGUUUUGUAGUGAUAAUUUGGUUUACAGACUUCAGUUUAUUUAAUCGUAGACUACAAGAGACUGAUUGUUGAAUCGCUAUCAACAUUAAAUAUUACCGUAAAC